AUGGUGCCAGAUGUUGCUGUUGGCUGGUCGAGCGAUUGUUCGUUUCGUUUGAGGAUAGCCCUGGCAGUUGCGGUAUUGGAAACGAAACCUGAUGACACUACGCCACGAGAGUAUAUCCUACGUCUACGUGCUCAUCUCAAAGUUGCCCGGGGGAACGCAGUGGGUGUUCGCCGCCAACGGUUCUUCGACUGUAUAGCCUACUGGAAGGACAGAUGCGAAAUUCUGGAUGCUCGAGUCGCGAAUCUUGAGAAGAGAAUGGAGGUCAUGCAAGAUAAUAACCGCCCAACUGGUUUGUUAUCGAAUUCCAGCGUCGAUGGUGCUCCUUCCUCCCAAACCGGACAGGUACAACGCAAACAAAAGGUCCUUCCACGAUCGCAAUCGAUGACAUCCUCGAAGGGCGAUACUACGAGAUCUUUUGCGGGCCCGCCGGAAAAUAUGGAAUCGUACCAUGUAGACGGAGACAGACCGCAAAGCCCUGCCCACGAUCACAGCUUUGCUGAAAUUCUCACUGAGUCUGUAUCGCGGUUACAUAGGCUACGCAAGCAACACAGUGAAGAUCCUGAAACCAUCUGCCUACAGUUGAUACACAUCGUCCGCUCCAUUGGGACGUGCCAAAUCUCCACCCCGCAUACUAGGCCGGCCUCAAGUAAUGGAAACGAAGACAUGGUACCAGAAGCAUCGCAUAUCCAGACCGUUGUGGCAUGUUCACGAGCUUUUAAUAUGGUCCUCACUGCGUUCCGGAAAGUCCGUUCUGCCCUUGACAAAACUUUACUUGCUUCUGUUGUCUACGAGUGUCUUAGGAUGUACCGUUCUUUGCUUGAUCAGAUCGCUGAGAAGGCUAAAAGAUUAGGAAUGGCGGAGGUGGCAGGUCAAACCGGCAGAGUAGGUCAGUCUGGGGCGAAACCAUUGCGGGACAGCGGCAGUCUUCCGAAUCCAACAUCCCAUUUCCUAUACAACUUGCUGUCGAGUCUUGAUAAGAACGAUACCGUGGAACGGGAGAUUUUUGAGGGCUGGCUGUUCUUAGUCGUCAAACGCGUCGGAGACCUUCUCUUCUUUUCCACGUUUGGGGCCCAGCGGGCUCGGCUGAUCGAAACUGACAUAGUACGUUGGGAGAGUACGAGUAGAAAUGCUCGCAAUACAACACAAGACGUCAAGGUAGAACGACUCGCCUUUCAGACGGAAGUUCGCCCGUUGGUCACAUUGCUGAAGCGAGCCAUGGCUCUUGCGCCACUUUAUAUGAACCCAAGAUCAGCGGCUAGUACACGCAAUGUGUCCAAUCAGGCUCGGAGUGCUGGCAGUAGGCCAUCGGUAUCAUCAACCUCUAGAACCCCUCUAUACCCCCGAGUAAGAGAGCGACUGCAGCGAACGCUCAUUCACUGCAUGUUCGGCGAGGGAGAUGACAACGAGCUACUGGACAUCUUACGAAAGCCUGCCAGGCCCGGGAGGUAUCCUAAGGACUCUAUUCCAACGAACACGGGUGUUGAAGACUGGUUCAUGGAAGAGGUUUGGAAGGUUGUCGGAUGGGACUUAUUAAGCAGAGAGGGUGGUGAAUGUUAG